AUGUAUGAAGGCUGGCAAGUGAAAAUACAAGUCUCAAUACAACCUGCCAGACCCUACAGAAUAUCAUUGUUAAUAUCCGAGGUUCACACUUCAUCCGGCACCAAUGGCAACGAUGAACAAAAGCCACCCCUCCUUCUCAAUGGAACAAUCGAAGAAGCCUGUGAUCACAAGCUCGAUCAGAUCAAAUUUCCGUCAGUGAAGUCUUGGACCAAAAAGGGAUGGCAGGAACAAUACCCUCUGAGCACAUCAGCUGUUCCUGGUUCCUCUUCAAAAAAAUCAGCAUGUGGAUCCAGACAGAUGGCGCAAGGUAUUAAUGUGUCGACUUACCUCCAGGACAAGAACGGACUUGCACCGGAAUCCAUCGGCCAAGCUUCGUUGGAUGUCCUCAAAUGGCUGGUUCACACGUUGCACAAGACCCAUAUCAAGCUUCGUCUUUGCGCCGACAACUGGAAGAUCAUGAAACUUAUGACCGACAACUACCCCCAAUGGCACAAGUAUCACACGAAGAAAAGAAGCAGCGAUCAGGUGAAGGCAGAGGCUUAUCAAGACUUAGAAGAAGAGAUCAUCUUAGACUCAAUCCUGACUGCCACUCAGAAACAGAGCUCGUCUGAACCCGACAAUGAACAUGCUAUCAAGCGAUCACGCAUGGAUUCCGAUAUCAGCGAAGAGGCUACCCAAUCAAUGACCGCAUUAUCAUGCGACGACAUCAUGCGAGAUCCUUCCCCCGACCGUGAACCUACACCUCCACCUAGUACCAACAAAGGAAAAGGGAAGGAAGUGAAUAUUUUCAGGGCAAGAAUAUAUCAAAAACCCUCUUGUACACUAGUCCCCAUACCAGAGGUCCCGUCGACUGCUGAUGCAACUUCACUUGCUGUGAAAAUGGAAGUCAUUGCAGCAACCCAGCACACCGAGCAAACAAAGAUUGCAAUCAACUGCUCGAAGCCUGAUGCCAUCAAGAAGCGUCAGCCAAGUACCAAGCCGAUGCGGGUGAGCGCAAAGAUCACUGCGUGUAACUUGUGUGCUUUUGACUGGCAAUCAAACGGCCAUCAAAAGGAACCUGUGACUGUCUUCGCAUCUUACUGGAAUGGGCUAUCUAAAACCGACAAAGAUGUGUACAAGUGCAAAGCAACAGCUCAGCUCAAAUCGUCUGGAGUUGCUGCUACCAUUCAUGAUGUGGACGAGGAGUAG